AGCCUCCUCUGUUCUGCGUGCGUGGCGGAGGCGGGACGCGUGACGUAGGCCGGCUGGAGCUCGAGGUGUUUAUUGUUCCUUCCCGUCGAGGAGAGAAAAGGGCUGGCUUAGCGGAGGCAUAUAUCACACACACUACCCCUGCGGUUUUAGCUUCACGGAGCCAUUUUAGUAAGGCCAAGACAGGUUGAUACAGGACCGGUUGGCCAUGGCGUACGCGUAUCUCUUCAAAUACAUCAUAAUCGGAGACACGGGUGUGGGGAAGUCGUGCCUAUUAUUACAGUUUACAGAUAAGCGCUUUCAGCCAGUGCAUGAUCUGACUAUCGGUGUUGAAUUUGGAGCGCGAAUGAUCACUAUAGAUGGCAAACAGAUAAAACUUCAGAUCUGGGAUACGGCCGGACAGGAGUCCUUCCGCUCAAUCACCAGGUCCUACUACAGAGGUGCAGCUGGGGCUCUGCUAGUUUAUGACAUCACAAGAAGGGACACCUUUAACCACUUGACAACCUGGUUAGAAGAUGCUCGUCAACAUUCCAACUCUAACAUGGUCAUCAUGCUCAUCGGAAAUAAAAGUGAUUUGGAGUCACGGAGAGAGGUGAAGAAAGAGGAAGGCGAGGCCUUUGCCAGAGAACAUGGACUGAUCUUCAUGGAAACUUCUGCAAAGACUGCAUCAAACGUAGAAGAGGCAUUUAUCAACACGGCCAAGGAAAUUUAUGAAAAGAUCCAGGAGGGAGUCUUUGAUAUAAACAACGAGGCUAACGGCAUCAAGAUUGGACCCCAGCAUGCUGCCACCAACUCUACGAUGGGCGGCAGUCAGGGAGGACAGCAAGCCGGAGGGGGCUGUUGCUGAGCACUACCCUUUAUCCUCCAGUCACCUCCACGUCCCCCUCCGCCCCUUACGUUUCUACUGGACUGGUCGGGCUCACUAACAUUUUCUUAACCUCCCACAGCCCAGGCCCCGGAUUCAAAUCAUAUGUUAGAUGGCUGUCCAAAACGAUACAACAACAAAAAAUAUUUAUAAAGUCCAGGUCCUCUUCAAAUCUCCUGACAAACUCCUGAAGCCUGUUUGGGCUACAGCAGACAUUAUAUGGUUACUAGUAAAGAAAAAGACAGGAGCUUUGGAGUUAUUAUGGUAAAUAUAUUCAUGUUUGUUUCUCAGCAAGUUGUCUUCUUUUUUGUUUUGUUUUUUGUUUUGUUUUGUUUUGCCCAUUUGACUUCAAGCUGAACUGUAUUAAACACUACAAAGUCAUCUAUAGUAUUUUAAUCAGUUUAUGUGGGUGAAUUCAAUGAAAACUGUGGUGAACCCUGAAGUCAAAAUAAAAGGAACGUAGAGCUGGUCUAAAAAGGAACAGCUGUUAUCAAAGUGAAGAAGCUAAAAGAAGAAGAGAAAAGCAGGACUGUUUUAAAUCUGUAUUUAUCAUUCACAUUCUGUAUAUAUAGUUAUCAUUUCUUGCUUUGGUGUACGUUGACCGAGCUAGAAUUCUGUACUGAAUUUGCUUAAAUUCUAUACUGUAUGAAUAGAGCUUGAAACUGCAGCAGUAUUGCGAUAUUUCCAAAACCGCUUCAACACCAUUUUAAGGUAACCUUUUACUUCAUUUAUUUUAGUUCGGUCCUGCCAUCUGCCUUGACUCCUCGUAUCCGUGCUCCCAAUCCUCCUCACUGUAUAGAAACUCUGGCUCUAUAUUCCUAUUUUAAUGCCAAAUUUGUGUUUACCUGUGUUCUAAAAUCAUGGCUCCAGAUAUGGAUCACAUCUCCAGAACUAGAUCUGCUGUUUGCCUUAAAAGAUUUUGGGACUUCAAAAAAAUAAAAAAUAAAUAACAUAUUCAUGUUACACAGGAUCAUUUCAGUAAUUACGUGCAAUUAUAUAUUGCAUAUGAUAACGCUAGACUCACUUAUCCAUUAGACAGACACUCACGCAUACAUGCCUAUACCUAUAUAUCAUACAAGUCGUCACAUAUGCAUGCAUUUGUAUGCAUAUAAAUAUAUCUAUUUUUUUUCCUCUCUUCAAAGUUAAUUUUCUCCAAUGCAGUCCGCUGUGUAAAGUCAGUGCAGAUCCACAUUAAUUUAGGUGUCUGAGUGAUUGUGUAAAGACUUGCUUUCUCUUGGCACUAUGUUGUUAAUAGAUAUAUGGUGAACAUCUUGUCUGUUGUGAAAGGGGUGUGAUAAAGCCAAACCUGGAGUAACUUUGUGACCCUCGACUUUAUUUGCUGUGUUCUCAAAUUAAAUGCUAUCACGAAAAAAAAUAUAAUAAAACCUUCUAAACUCA